CUUCGUGUAAUGAUCCCUAUCGGCUCAUGAAUUUCCAAAUCUCUAGCUGGUAUCUAGGUAUAUAGAUUAAGGUCUAGUAGGCAGCGGAUAGAUGGAAUAGAAUAGAUUCCAGGAGAAUUGGGUUCCGCGGGUCAUCAGACUCUUCUUGCAGACAUAUCAUCGAUCUCUCUCCCCAAUCUAGACUAGAGCCUGGCUCCAUCCAGUCCAAUUGCAUCAGAGCCAGUAGUGGACUGAUGCAAAGCAAAGGGAGAGAUUCUUUGGGUCGUCGGUGGCAUGCAACUGGGUGAAGCUUAGCUCUCUCUGGCUCUGGCUCUGAUGAGGGAGAAGCUGAAUCGCUCUUGGAUUUCUCUUCUUGAGGUUCCUGUUCAGCUAACAAGGAGAUUGUUCCAGUGGAGAAGGGAGAAGAUGGCGCUUCCUGCGUCACCGUCGCCCGUCGCCAUGGUUUGGGCAAGGCAGGGACGCCUCCAGCAGCGCUACGAUGGUUGCUACCGCCUUGUAUCAGGAUGCAUUCCUUACACGCUCAAAGAGGAUGCUGUGGAGGAGGGUGCUGGAAAGCAAAGCUGCCAGCAGGACGUGGUAGGGAGGCUGCAAGUGCUCAUGAUCUCGACGCCCAAGCGGAGCGAUCUCAUCUUCCCAAAGGGUGGAUGGGAGGACGACGAGAGCAUCGACGAAGCUGCCAGCAGGGAGGCCUUCGAGGAAGCAGGCGUCAAGGGCAUUAUCAGCGCGACACCGCUGGGUGAAUGGAUCUUCAAGAGCAAGAGCAAGCAAAAUAGUUGCGGUCUGCAAGGGGCAUGCAAGGGCUUCAUGUUCGGACUACAGGUCACGGAGCUGUUGGAAACCUGGCCCGAGCAGGUCACCCAUGGCAGGAGAUGGGUACCCGUGGAGGAGGCGUAUGGUCUCUGCCGGUACGACUGGAUGCGGGAAGCUCUGGACAGACUCAAGGACCAGCUGCUGCUGUUGGAGAGCAGCGAGUUCAGACCUCUGCUGUCGUCGGAGCCGGUGGGCUCGCCGAGCCUCUACAUGGUGGUGCCGCCGGCUGCCGCUGGAGGAGCGACGACACUAUGCAGAUGUUGAUCGCAUGCCAAUGGUAGUGGCCAACGGCUUUGCUCGUCGUCUCAACUCUCAAUUUCCAUAUCUCACAUGCGGAAGGAGUUGCAGUGUCAGAACCUUCCGGAAUCACCUGGACAGAUUCUAGUAUAUUUAACUAAUAAAUGUUUCAUGUCGUUGGAAAGUAAUUGGAAGAAACAAGCUAACAAAUUUAAAGUUCUAUUCGUGGAAUUUUUUGUCCUUAUGAUUGAAAAGCAAUUUUGAAAAAUGUACCGUGUUCGUGUUAUCUUGAGAACACAACUGAAUGGUGCAGAAAACAAAAUCGAAUGCUCUUGAUGCACAGGGCAGUGCAAAAUAGCAACGGUGCCAGCAGAAAGGUGUGCCUAGUGGAUGGUGUUCUUCAACUCAGCCAUGUUUGUGAUGACAAUGAAUUGAAUGGCCCAGGCUAUGGAAAUAUGGAAUCAUAGUUCCAUUACUAUUUUGUUAUAAUUAGAACAUUUGUAAGGGAUCUUUGUGCAUAUAGCCAAUAUAAAGUGGAUUUGUGUGUGCU